AUGGACGAUGAGGACAAGUGGGCUUUUGGCUACAUUAUCCUUGUAUGCGAUGUGUUCUCCAUUGUGAUGUUCCAAGUGAUCCUUAACGAACCGGAUCUGCACGACCUUCCGCUCGCAUUUUGGGCUUUCCUGGUGCUGAUUCUCCCCGUGCCGUGUCUAGUCGGCACGCUCGCGGCCGCCUGGUGGUGCUUCUCGCCGUACGCACCGUGUCUGGUCGCGACACUCACGAGGGCCUGGUUCGCCAUGGGACACUUUCAGGACCUGAUGCGGAAACUGCGUGGGUGCCGGGUGGCUCCCGCUCCAAAGUCUCGCCACCUCCCCGACGAGCUGGUGCUCGCCAUUGUCGCAUACCUCCCCGCCGCCGACGCACUCGCCUUGCGCGCCACCUGCCGCCACUUCCGCCGCAUGUACUAUCCGCACGCCGCCACCUUGGACGACCGCGCCGACCUCGCCAGCCGCUGCCGCCGCGACCAUUUCGCCCGCACGUGUCUGGCCGAACUCGACGGCGCGCUCAAACAUGGCCUCCUCGUUUGCUCCUACUGCCGUGCCACGCACCCGCGCAGCCUCUUCAGCCCCCUCGAGCAGACCCGCGCGCUCCAGUGGCGCCGCUGCCUGGGCGCCACCACCGCCCUCGCCCUGUGCCCGCACCGCCAGCUCCGCCACGAGGACCUGGCAGCCCUCGGCGACGACGGCAUAAGGAAGAUUGAGGGCGCCGACAAGAUGCUACGGUGCGACCGCUGCGACGCCGAGGUCUACAAGUACGCCCUGCGGCCCCUGGUGUCCAAACGAGCCGUCUUCGAGCGCACCUACUUCCGCAUGCAGGUCCCGCGCUACCGCAGCAUCCCGCACCCCACCCUGGCCGCCGCCAUCGCCGCUGCCGUGCCCACCCUCCAACAUCUGCCCGUCUGCGCCCAUCUGGAUGCCGAGCGGCUGGCGUGCCGCCUCCCCGAACCCUGGCUGCACCUGCCGCAGUUCGGGCCGCGCACCACCAAGUACUUUUAUUGCAACAAGCUCGGUUGCCGCACGUUUUUCUUGCUGGUGUGCGAAGAAUCAGAAAGUUACGGUGCCUUCGUCAUCGCCCUGAAGUCGAACCGGACCUUGCAUUUCACGACAGAGACCGGCGCUGUGCACGACGACUGGAUGGAGGCUUGCACCGGCGUGGUGCGUGCGUCGCGGUAG